AUGUCUUCAAGGGCAGUACGUAAAACAGCAGGUCAUACAGCUCAAGAUGAUCUUGCACAAGUUUUACAGAAAGUCGGUAUUAAUAAACAUAAUAAUGAUGAUGAUGAUGACGACGACUCCGAUUUAGUAAUAACAACAAAAAAUGAUUAUCGUCGAAAUGCAUUUGAAAUGUUAGCAGAUGAAGAUGAUAAUAAUAAUGAUGAUGAUCAAGUUGUUAUAGAUAGUGAUAAUCAAUUAAAUGAUGAAAUACAACAACAACAACAGCAAUCUACAACAUCAAAAUCAAAACGAAAACGUAAAAUAAAAAAGAAAAAUAUUCAAACUCAAAAAACUGAUGAAGUAGAUGAUGAUUUUUUAAUUGUAACAAACGAAUCUCAAUCAGAAGCAGCAUCAUCAUCAAAAGACAUCGUUUCAGAUUUACUAUCAACGGAUAAUCGUUUAUUAAAUCCAAUAAAUGAAAUGAAAAAAAAAUUUGGAAGUAGUAUUGUUGAACAAAUUGAACGUGAAAAUAACCCAACUGCACAAGCAAUGCUAGCUAAUAUGCCAGCUCAACGUCGUCGUGCAUAUCAAAUACUUCAACAACAACAACAACGUCCAUCUACUCGAUUAGCUAAACAAAAUGCUUUUAUUUUUACUAAAGUAGGAUGGCCCAAUUAUUUUAAAUUUGGUUUAUUAAUGAAACCAUCAUCACCAUUAUCUGAAACAGCAAUAAAUACAGGAAAUUAUUUUCAAUUUGAAUAUGAUAAAGAUUAUCAACGAUUACAAAUUCAAUUCUUUGAUCAUGUUGAUCAACAUAAUCUACAAGGAAUUAUGGAUAUUCUUCGUCAUCAUCCUUAUCAUAUUGAUGCACUUAUUCAUUUAAGUGAUGUAAGUCGAAUGCAAGAUGAUACACCAACAGCUGUUGAUCUUAUUGAACGUGCUUUAUACAGUUUUCAACAAUCAUUUCAUCCACUAUUUUCUAUUACACGUGGUGAAUGUCGUUUAGAAUAUCGAAUACAAGAAAAUCGAUCGUUUUUUAUCAGUUUAUUUAAACAUAUUAUUUAUAUUGGUGAACGAGGUUGUUCAAGAACAGCGCUGGAAUUUUGUAAAGUACUCCUAAGUCUUGAUCCAAUUGAUGAUCCACUUGCAAUUGUUCUUCUUCUCGAUUAUUAUGCAAUACGUUCAGAAGAAUAUAAUUAUUUGAUUCGUUUUUAUACGGAACAAAAUCAACGAUUAAAACUUGAUGGUUUACCAAAUUUUAUUUAUUCAUUAGCACUUGCAUAUUUUCGUAUAUCAUCAUUUGAUAAAGCGAAUGAAACUUUACAAAAUGCAUUAAUACGUUUUCCAUCGAUGCUUAAAUAUAUACUUGAUAAAUUAUCAAUAAGACCAGAUAGAACAGUUGAAAAAUGUCGAUAUUUUUCUGAUAGUGAACGAUAUGAAACCGAGGCACUUAAAUGUAUACAACAAUUAUAUGCUGUACGAAUGUCAAAUGAAUGGAAAGAAAAAGAUGAAUUAGACUUUUUAAAAGAUAAUGUUAAUCAUGUUAUACAAAUUAUUGAACAGAAUCAAGAUCCAAGAAUUGCAAACUAUACUGAAUUAAGAAAAACAGAGUAUCGUAAAACACCAAUUAAUGUAUGUCGACAUAUUGUUUUAUCAGAAUCAAAUGAAAUACGAGGAUUUCUAACGAAUGCUAUGCAAAAUGCAAAUACAUUUUAUACAUUUGAUCCAUUUCCUCCAACAGAUUCUAUCGUUGGUUUUCAACGACCGGAAAGACCUACCAUGCAAGUGAAUAGUUCAUACAAUUCAUUUGGCAUGUUUCUUCGAUCAUUAAUGCCAAAUUUCAAUUUAGAAAAUUUUCUGGUCGAUCCGAAUGCUCAAGGUGGUGCUGUUGGUGGUGGUGAAAAUGACGUCGGUAUGUUACAAGCAUUACAAGAAAGUAUUCGUGAUUUCAUUCGUGACAUUGGUGUUACUAAUAUUCAUGAUGAUCAAUUGCAACAACCUCCAGGAGAGGAUGACAAUGAAAAUAAUAACGAAUUUGAUUGA